AUGGAGCAUUUUAAGGAAAUACACAAGGCAGUUGAAAUGGAACGAUCUUCUGAGUACAACACAGCUGAUGUGCGUCAAGAUAUUGAGUCAAUGGAAGAGGAGAAAAAGCAGCUGGAAAGACAGUUAGAGAGGUUACGUAGACGAGUUGAGUCCUUCCCCAAUCAUGAAGAGAUGUUGGACUCAGCGCAAAAGUUACGUAAGGAGAGAGCCAAAGGACUUCAAUUGAAGAAACAAAAAGAAGAUCAGAAAGAACAGUUAGUUCAUGUUCAGCAAAAGUUACAACGAAUGAGUCAGGAACUUGAUGAAAUACGUAACACUACAGCAGGUCUGACAGCUGAAGUAGUUAUAUCAAAGAUUGAAGAGGAGAACAAAGUGCAGAAGAUGAUAGCUGGAGAGAGUCUGCCAAAGAAAGUGGAGACCAAACGAAAACAGUGUAUAGAAUUAGAGAAAGUCCUUUCAGAGCCUGUCGUUAGUGAGUUAGACCUUGAAGUGAUUCAACAACAAAUUGAUGAAGUGAAUGAAGAGAUUCGAAUUCUGAUGGAGAAGAAAAUGGCAGAGGACGAAACAGGACAAGAGAAUAUGACAAUGUUCCGACAACAAGCAUCUAUUAUUGCUCACAAGCGGCAAACAGCUGCAGAGACUGUCCAGACAUUAAUGGAUGAAGUGAAUGAACUAGAGAAAGAAUUAGAAUUGAAACAGAAACAGCUUGAUGAUGAUUUAGGAGGGAUUGAAUUAGUCCGAGAGGAUGAGUUUCGUAAAUACAUAGAUCGUCUCCGUGUAAUAAGUAAUACCUACAAGAUGAAAAGGCUGAGCUGUCAGCAUUCAGAGCUGAGUAUGGCGUCCUCUCUCGUACUGAAGAAAUCAUCAAGUCUCGAGAUGAGAAUGCUCAGGGAUGUUGGAGUUUAUGGAGAAGAGACAAGGCGUAUCUGGUUUUCGAAGCACUCAGGAUAA